UCGAGCACGAAUAUCGCGUCGUUAUCGGAGCGGCAGCCGUUGCGAUAAUUGCGGAAGCGUAAUCAGUACGGACGCUCAAAUUUGAAAUUACGGUAACGCUAGCACAACCACCGAAGACCAUCGCGUGCGCGGAACUACAAGCAUCGACGUACCAGCCGAAUGGCGCCGCGGCGCAAGCGGCUCUCGUCGUCGUCGUCGCCGGACAGCGGCAACGGCAGCAGCAGCGACGAAUCGUUGACCGAGUCGGACGUUACGUGCCCGGUGUGUCUGAGCAUGGUGGUGGAGCCCGUGACGAUGCCGUGCGCCCACGAGGUGUGCAAUUCGUGCUUCACGAGCACCGUGCUCAUGGCCAACAAGGAGUGUCCCAUGUGUCGCAUGCGCAUCGCUUCGUGGGCGCGGAAAGCGGCCCGCGAGGGCACCCUGGUCAACCGAACGCGCUGGGAGCUCAUCAAAAGUCGCUUUCCGCAGCAGGUCGCGAGGAGACUCAGCGGAGAUGACAGCCGAGCAGGAACCCCACAGCGGAUAGUGCUACGAUCGCUGUGUGAGCCAGGCGAGAUCCGGCGCGAGUAUGAGGAACAGCGGCAGCGGGCCGAGGCAGAGUGGCGCCAGGAGCGGGAGCUCGAGGCUCAAGCAGGUGAAGCCCUGGCUCAGCAGCUGGCCUCCGAGGAGGAACGGGCACUGGAGGAGCAACGGCGGCAGUUGCGACGGGAUCAGCGCCUUGCCUGCCUUUGGGGCGUGUUUGGGGACACACCGGCUGUGCUCGCCGCCGUCCCACUCGUCCGGACCCUGCUCAUGCCGGAGGAGGAGGACGACAACGACAGUGCGUCCUCAUUUAUGCCGCCAGAGGACAGGCCACAAGGCAAGGGCUGCUUGUUCAACCCAUCUCGACAGCAUGCCGUUGUUAGAACAACUUAUUCUGGGCCCUUGGCUGAACUGCAGCCAGCAGCCGUAGCCAGGCUAAGGAGACUUGUGCUCUUCUCCUCUAGCGAGAGAGAUGCAGCCGUCUCCUUUAGCCCUGCUAUUGCCGCAAGGGACGGUGUUCCAACAACACCCUUACGUGGAGAUGCCAACAGGCUGUGCUCGCGCAGUGUGCAGACGGCACUGCUAGAGAUGCGGCCGCAGGAGACGCAGACGAGCGAGCAUGGUGACGACACAGCCUCCUAUUUGGAAGACUUGCAACUGGCACGUCGCAUCCAGCGGCAACUGAACCGGGAGAGCAGGCAGAUACCCGGCCGCGUUUACAAUCUGCGCUCUCGCGUUGCAAAUUGA